UUGCUCUCUCCCCCCCCACUACGCCCAUUCGCUAUUGCUGUUCACUUCUUUCCUUCGCAGGCUCGAAGUCAGCCCUGCUGUCACUCAUUCGAGGUCCCCGUCUCUGUUUCUCUUUCUCUCUACCAAUAACUAGGGUUACUGCAUGUCCCAACUUGCAGUAUCACCUGCAUCAACCAUGCUCCCGAGGGGAGACACGUCGUCUUCCACCUCAUUCACCACUACUACAUAGUUCUCUUGUCGUUGUUGUUGUUGUUGAUCAUUAUGUUUUGAAUCGAGUCCUAGCCGGUUGGUUUUGGUGUCUUGGGUGACAAUUUUUGCAUCUUCACUUUUUCUUGGUCCGCAUUUCUUGGCCCGCCCUUCAUCACCAUGCCCCUAGCCGUCUUGAACAACGAUUCUCUUCGACCUUGUUCACAUAGCAGCUCUCUACGCGUUGCCGGCCAGACCAAUUGGACCGCAGCACUUAAGCCAAAUCAAACCGCCCCUGAUCUAGGUCUAAGCUUUGAAGAUCCCGAUGUAUUUCGUAACGACUGCGAAGAGGCUUGGAAGACGUUGGAUAAUAUAGCUGCCCUUGGUUUAACCUUAGAGAAUAACGAAGAAGAAACGACACAUUCGACUGGAUUUCCUAAACUUAUUUUCGAGAAUGACGGGGCCGGUGUUGGGUACUCAGAAACUCCUUCACCGCCAGUAGGCCCAUUUCAUAAGUGGAUGAAGAACUUACACAAGCGAGCGCAUCGUCCUGUUAUACGCCGCAGUCAUAGUCGAUCCGAGUCUUUCCCCGAAUUUUCAGAACACACGCUCGAAUAUGAGACCUUAUCUACGGACGGUCACAGGAAAUCAUUUUCCGGUUCUUCCUUUGGAUUUGUUACCGCUGUCAGAAGCGCCAGCGUCAGUCUUGCAAGCACUAGCGUGAUCACUCGGCCAAGGAGAUAUACCGCACGAUCGUCAGCCCAUAGCAGGGCGGACCUUAGUAGCAGAGGAUCGACAUCGGGACCGCGGUUUUCCGAAGACAGUACGUGCCUUGAGCGAACAGUAUCAAACGACCCAGGAGUGACGGAACGGCUACUUCAAAGGCGUCGUAUCCUAGAGGAGAUAAUCAACACGGAAGAAAGCUAUAUUGGAGAUGUCAAGUUUCUCAUGAACGUUUAUGUCACCAUAUUGGCUUCUUUACCGUCACCGCAUAUGGGACUUCGCUCCUCGAUCAACCGCAAUCUGACAGAUAUUGUUGAGUUACACGAGGAGAUUCUCGGCGAACUUCAUCGGGUAGUACCUAACUCCGAGUACACGCAGCCUGAGCGUAUUUCGGUCACCCCCAAACCACCAUCUUCUAAACACCAUAACCGCUGGCGGAGUCUUGACUCUACUUCGGAGGACGAUGGGGGUUCUUCCAGUUGGUUCCAAGGCAUACCUAGUGUAGUAGCCGAGCCAGCUAUUGCGGCCGAAGUAGCUCAUGUGUUUGGCAAGAGGAUGAAUCGAUUCUUCAUCUACGAAGAAUAUGGUGCAAAAUAUGAGAUGAUGAUCAAGGACGUCGCGUCCGCUCAUCGAACGCUACCUGAAUGGGAGACCUACCAAAAGGGGCUGGAAGCAUUAGCAGCUUCGCUGGGCGCUACUAAUUAUCAUCUUGACAACUCUAGAAAAUCUUUGACUAUUGGCGAUCUCUUGGUUAAGCCAAUCCAAAGGAUAUGUAGAUAUCCUCUCCUGUUUGCCGAACUCCUCAAGUAUACGCCCGUAUGCGACUGUCCAAACUCACAUAUGGAGAUCGAAAAUGUUCUCAUUCGGCUGCGCGAGGCUACUGCUGAACUUAACCGUGCCGCCGACGAUCCACGAAUGAAAACCACAAUGGAGCAGACCUGGUUACUUCAGGAUCGACUCGUAUUCCCAAACCAGCAGAAACUAGAUGCGGCUUCGAAGACCGCCAUCCGUUCAUUCGGCCACAUCCGCUUAUGUGGUGCCCUGCAUGUGUGCUGGCAGACUAAAGAUGGUGCGGAUGGUGCAUACAUGGUUACGCUCCUAUACAAGGACUGCUUGUGCCUUGCGACAGCCAGUCGAGCAGACCAAAUAUAUACCAUUCAAGCUUGUAUUAGUCUCAAUGAUAUCAAGGUUGAAGAAGUGGACAAUGGCCGAGGCCUCCAAUGUCACACUGCCCCCUUCUCAUGGAAGCUCGUCUUCGAAUGUGACCAUCAACUCUACGAAAUUAUUAUGACAGCUUGUUCUCCAAAGGAAGAACAUGAGUGGCGUAGUCGUCUUACACGACAAAACUCAAUUGAAUCGUAUGAAAUAUCAGAACCUAUAUUCUAUAGCUCAAUCUUCCUCGACGUAAAAAGUCUAGGAACAAUAUUUGGAAAACCAGGCACCGUUGCUCGUCGUCUUUCCAUUCAUAGGGCCACUACUGUUGGGCCGAAAUCGCCAUUGUGCCAAGUUAUACUUAAAAAUACCAGUACGAUGAAGGAUAAUUCAUCGUCGAUCCCCCCGCAAAUCAAUCGUUCGCAAUCGCUGCUAACGACCAAUUCUCGUAUUCCCGUCCUCACCCCAUCCCGGGGAGAGCGAGCUCGCCUGGAAGCUUUAUUGGCCGAUGUCUGGAGUCGCAAGGUGUUACCUUUUCCCGGCAUAACAUACCGAUCGAAAAGCGAGCACCUUGUUCGCAGCUCAGCCUCGACCGUUAUGCGAAAGCUGAGCGUUGCAAGCAUCACAAACUCUUUUACGAAGCGCUCCACGAGCGCUACUAGUGUACCAAAGUCGAGCGAAGAGGAGCUCCCACAUUACAACGGCUCUGUUGAUAAUCUUGCCCGUCUGAACGGCGACAAACCAAAGUCUAGACUACUUAGAGUCAGUACAACCGAUGGGGAUAUCAAGCCAAGGCUUCCAAUGAUUCGGGAUGAGAUCGAGCAUUUUAGUAAUCCCAACCCUGAUAUUUCGUCGACAAUCGAUGCCUGCAUACAGCCAGGAACAUUGAAGCUUGAGCCUUUGAAACUCGACCUGGAUUGGCUAGAAGAUGGAAUGAGCGCCCAUACUUUACGAUCAUCGCCAUCAUCCAGGCAUACUCGACGGGAUAGCAGGCAGACGACGCUUUCAGCAGGGUCUUCUCCGUCGUCCAUUGGGGAUGAAGAAACUAUUUACCACGGACUUGGAGCGAAACAUCGACUACACGAAACAUUAACUAAUAUUAGGCCUACGAAUAAUAAGUGGGCGAGAGUCGGCGCCAUCAACAGAGGUCUGGUAGCGUCUGGCAUUCGAAGCUUCUUUAGAUGAGGGAAGGCAACUUCAUUAAUUGGUAAUAGGGUUGGGUAUAGAUACGUGGUUUGGACGGCUUUUGGCUUGGGAUUAUACCAUUCUUUCUUUCUUUUUUUUCUCUCUCUCUCUCUCUCUUUAUGAUGGCAUCGGAACGGUACCGGAUUCCGUGAAACGCAUUGCUUUUUUAUCAGUUG